AUGGAAUGCUUCUUGGGGGAUUUCAACCUCAGCAACCAAAACUACUGGAAGCUUUGUCUGAGGGAAAAGGCUCGACCACGGAUUUUCAAUUACUCUGAGAUCGUUGCGUUUACCGUCGCCUACAGCGUAGUUUGUACGUUUGGAAUACUGAUGAAUGCGUCAAUCAUCUACCUGCUGUCGACUAAGCCGAAGCUGCGCAAACCUCAGAAUAUCCUCAUCGGUAACUUGGCGUUGUCGAAUUUCCUCUUGACCGUACUGUACAUACCGUUUUUGUGGAGACCGGCCUCGGUUGGCGAUUUCUCGCAUAACCGCUUCCUGUGCAAGCUGGCGAACGCCGUUCCCGGUAGCAAUAUCUAUUGUUCAACGCUGACCAUUUCCGUUCUGGCCAUCCAGCGGUACUACACGGUGACGGCGGUGCGAUUCAGACUGUACAACACAAUGCGCAUGGCGUCGGUGCUGUCCGUUUGUUGCCUGAUAUGGAUUGUGUCGAUCAUUUUUUCUUUGCCCUACCUCCUGAGCUUUGGCCUGGAAAGCUUCAAGUUUCCAAAGGAGUUCGCGGAGCAGUUCGGCAAGAGCGAAGAGGUGCAUCUGCUCACCACGUGCUCGUUCCAGCCGGCCGUCUGCCGCAAGUCCGGCAAUCAAACCAGGCAGGAGGCGAAACGCUGUGUUGUAAUGUACGACGCCAUGGUGAGCGCUGCUCAGGCCGUCUUCUUGUGUCUGAUUCCUUUACUGACGUUGACGGUGUUCAACUUUCGCCUCAGCCAGUUCCUGUCCAAGAGAGAGCAACGGUAUUCUUCGCAAGACCACGGCACCUUCCUGAAAACCAGUGCCAUUUGUUCGGUGGACAAACGCAGAGCGGCCAACAAGAUGCUGAUGCUCAUGUUCGGCAGCUAUGCCUUACUGUGGAUGCCAUUCGUCGUGCUCAGUCUUUUCAUCCACCUGUUUCACACGUACACGUGGCGCGAGAGCACGGUGUCCAUCGUCAUGCAACUGGACGAGAGCUUCAAGCUGCUGUCCCUCACAUCGACUUGUGUCAACCCCAUUAUAUACGGUUACCUGAAUCGCAACUUCUGGAGAGAGAUCAGCAUCACUAUGUCAAAACUUUCCUUCAGGAUGGCCACUGCUUUCUCCAGGUCACCAAGAGUAUAA